UAUGAGGAUCUUGCUGCUGGGGAGACGUGGAUCUGGGAAAAGCUCCUCAGGAAACACAAUACUGGGAGAAAAAGUGUUCAUCAGCCCAAAACGCUACAAAGAGAAAGUGACUAAAACCUGUAGAGAACACACCGGCCAUGUUACAGGAAGGAAGGUGUGUGUGAUGGACACACCAGACCUGCUGGAUCCAGACAUCACAGAAGAGGAGCUCCACCGAGAGAAAGAUAAACUGCUGUCUCUCUGUCAGUCUGGUCUUCAUGCUGUGCUGCUUGUGGUUCCUGUUGGAGAAGAGCUGCAGAGUGAGGAGGAGAUACUGGAGUUUAUUAGAGUACUGUUGGGUCCAGGCAUUCAGAAGUUUAUCAUAGUGCUCUUCACACGAGGAGACGAGCUGGAGGACGACGAGACCAUUGCAAAGUUUGUAGACAGGAACGGAGGAAGUGAGCUCAAGCAGCUGGUUGAAGAGUGUGAGAACAAAACCCAUGUCUUCAAUAACAUCAUCACAGAGCCGAGACAAGUCACUGACUUACUGGAGAAGAUUAACCUAAUGGUGAGCCAGAACAGAGGCCAGUAUAACAUGGCCCAGACAAGAAGGUCCAGUAUACAGAAGGACAUCACAUUUUCAGGUGCAGCAGAUAUCAGAAGGCCACUUGAUGAACAAGGUCCCCAGCUGAGAAUGGUGCUUCUAGGAAAGACCGGCGUUGGGAAGAGUGCAUCUGGAAACACCAUCCUUGGAAGAAACAUAUUCCAGUCUGAUUCUAACUCAACCUCACAAACCAGAGAGUGCAGGUCUCACAAAAUCCUACGAGGUGGUAAACAAAUCUCUGUCAUUGACACACCUGGAAUAUUUGAUACCCAGCUCAGUAACAAAGAUGUGAUCAUAGAAAUAAUGAACUGUUUGACCUAUUCCUCUCCGGGACCUCACGUUUUCCUCAUAGUCAUCAGUUUAGCUGUACGAUUCACUCAGGAGGAGAGGAGCACUGUGGAUGAAAUCAAAAAGACCUUUCAGAAUGCAGACAAGUACACAAUGAUACUCUUUACAUAUAAAGACAACCUGAAGAGGAGUAUGGGGCAGUUCCUGCAGGACGGAGACCCUGGUCUCAGAGAGUUAGUAGCCAGAUGUGGAAAUCGCUACCACUGUUUAAACAACAAAGCACCAAGCUACAAACAAUUCAAAGAAUUCAUGGUGAAAGUAGAGCAGAUGGUGUGUGAUAAUAAGGGGAUGCACUACUCGGACGCUGUCUACGAGGACGUUGAGAGAACGAUUUAUGAUCUUCAAGAACAGAGGUUGAAAGAAAAAGUGGAGCAGUGCAAAAGAAGAUAUCCUGAAGCGACCAAGACUGAAUGGCAGAAAAUCUACUGGACACUGCUGCAGGAGUCAAGAACAGAAGCACAGACCAGUCUGUCAAAAGAUAAACAUAUUUUGAAAUUGGCAGAAAAAUUUGGAACGCUGCAAAUAACAUCAGAGGAGAAGAUAGAGGUGAUAGAUGCAGCUAUGCGUGAGGGAAUAGGUCCUCAACAAGUUUUACAAAUUGCCUUCAGAGCAACAGUCCAGCUUGCUAAGCAGAAAAUAUGUGCUGUUCAGUGAAUUUUGGAUGUUUCUGAAUGUCACAUGUUCAGAUUUUUAUACUGAUUUAUUUCACGUUUUACUGAUAAUUUGCUCACCUUUACAAUGAUGUGAUGAAGAUUAGCUUUUGUAUUGUCAACUGAUAGACUUAAAGAAAGAUUUAAAACUACACAAGUAACUGUAAUUACCAUCGAAACCAUUCCCCCUUCUUCCUCAGGAAUGUGUUCCUUGACCAGACAGAUCUUUAAAUCAGCUUUUUGAGUCGAUUCAUUAGGUCAGUUCUUUUAGGUGAACAAUGGCUCACAGAUCUGAAGGACUGUUAUGGUGACUCUAAAACAUGGAAAAUGGCUUUAGAAAUGAAAAUCAACUGCUUUAAAAAUCUUAAAAUGUACACUAUAUAGCCAAAAGUAUUGGGACACCCCUCCAGAUCAUUGAGUUCAGGUGUUGUGUUUCAGGGGUUCUUCUCAGCCCCUUAGUUCCAGUGAAAGGAACUCUUAACGUUUCAGCUUCAUACCAUGGACAAUUUCAUGCUCUUUGUGGGAACAGUUUGGGGAUGACCCCUUCCUGUUCCAACAUGACUGCACACCAGUGACCAAAGCAAGGUCCAUAAAGACAUGGAUGAGUGAGUUUGGUGUGGAGGAACUUGACUGUCCUGCACAGAGUCCUGACCUCAACCCCAUAGAACACCUUUGGGAUGAAUUAGAGUGGAGACUGUGAGCCAGACCUUCUCGUCAUCACAACAUCAGUGCCUGACCUCACAAAUGUGCUUCUAGUGGAAUGGUCAAAAAUUCCCAUAAACACACUCCUUAACCUUGUGGAAAGACUUCCCAUUAGAGUGGAAGCUGUUAUAGCUACAAAGGGCGGGGCAACUCCAUAUUACACUGGAGUUAAGGCAGAUGUCCCAAAACUUUUGGUAAUAUUGUGUAUAUAAUCUUAAAUAUUUUACAGUAAUUUGUUAAUAUACACCUAUUUAUUUUUAUUUCA